AUGAAUACAAAAUUACUGCUUGCUAUCAUAUUCUCAGCUUUUAUCUGCUCUGCAUAUGCUGAUUAGGUCUCUCUUGUUGAGGCUCUUUAAGCUUAUAACAAAUUCACUAGAAACUACCCUAGAAUUUACUUGAACGAAGCUGAAUCAGACUACAGAUUGGCUAUUUUCUUAGAAAAUUACUAAAAGAUUUAAGACCAUAACAACAAUCCUGAAAACACUUAUCAAAUAGGAGUUAAUCGUUUUUCUGAUAUGACUUAAUAGGAAUUUUCAUAAAAGAUUCUCUAAAACCCAAAUAUUUUAUCAAAUGGUAAAAACUAUGUUCAAAAGUAACAAGCUUCUGUUAAUGAUGUUCAGCCUGCUACUUCUAUUGAUUGGAGAACUAAAGGAGUCGUAACUCCAGUUAAAAACUAAGGAGAGUGUGGAUCUUGCUGGGCUUUCUCUGCAACUGCUGCUAUGGAAUCUUAUAAUGCUAUCCACAACAAAGUUCUAUUAAGAUUCUCAGAACAAGAAUUUGUUGAUUGCACUACCGAGAAAAAUGGAGGAUUUUACUCUUUUGGCUGUGAAGGUGGAGUUCCUGGUGAAGCUAUAAGAUAUGCUUCCCUUUAUGGAGUCAAGACAGAAGCAGAGUAUCCUUAUGUUGGAAUCUAGGGAUCUUGCAAUACCACUAACAGCACAACUACCAAUUUUAAACCAGUAUCAUAUUAUUCUUUACCAGAGACAACCGAGGCUUUAAAAGUUGCAUUGAAUAAUGCUCCUGUUUCUGUCUCUAUUGAUGCUACUUUAUUAGGAGAUUACGUUUCAGGUGUUUAUGAUUGCAAAAAUUAAACAAUUGAAAUUAAUCAUGCUGUAUUAGCUGUUGGUUAUGAUGAGAAAGGUAACUGGAUUCUAAAGAAUUCUUGGGCUGAUGAUUGGGGCUAGCAAGGGUAUUUCUUAUUAGCUCCUGGCAAUGCUUGUGGUAUCCUAGAAACAGGUGUGGAAAUUACUCCUACAAAUUGA